GUGGGUUGGGAAAGAGGUUCGCACACGCUGAGCUCGCGGUUGGCGGUCGGCCGGCGAAUAUCUUCUGGCCGGGGAGCGGUUUCCAUCUACAGCGUGGAGUCUGUAAUCCCUUUUCUCAUUUUAAUAAAGCAAGCACAAUGCCAUCAAUCCCUGCUGAAACUGAAAUGGAUACAGUGACUUGCACUCAUGUUUCGGUUGACUGCAUACCCAAUGGCAUCUUGGAGAAGGAAUCUUGUAAUUCAACAGAAAAGGAGAGGAAGUGGAUCCGGCCUGAUGCCAUCAGCAAGUGUACCUGGGAGCUUGGAAAAUCUCCUUCUGAAUCGCCCCAUCACCAUGCUGCAUUAAAAAAGACUACAAAAAUUAUGCCGGAUAUCCUGAAAAACAUUGGAGAUACUCCCAUGGUGCGUAUCAACAAGAUUGGAAAGCUCUAUGGCCUCAAAUGUGAACUCUUGGCCAAAUGUGAGUUUUUCAAUGCUGGAGGAAGUGUGAAAGACCGAAUCAGUUUACGAAUGGUGGAAGAUGCUGAAAGGGAUGGGAUUUUGAAGCCAGGAGAUACCAUUAUUGAACCAACUUCAGGAAAUACAGGAAUUGGACUGGCCUUGGCAGCUGCAGUGAAAGGAUACCGUUGUAUUAUUGUAAUGCCAGAGAAAAUGAGCAUGGAAAAGGUGGAUGUGUUACGAGCCCUUGGGGCUGAAAUCGUGAGGACUCCAACAACUGCUAGAUUUGAUUCUCCAGAAUCACAUGUUGGAGUGGCAUGGAGAUUGAAAAAUGAAAUCCCCAACUCCCAUAUCCUGGAUCAGUACCGCAAUGCCAGCAACCCCUUGUCUCAUUAUGACACAACAGCAGAGGAGAUUCUUCAGCAGUGUGAAGGUCAAGUAGAUAUGAUUGUGGCUGGAGCUGGCACAGGAGGCACCAUCACUGGUAUUGCCCGAAAAAUCAAGGAAAAGUGCCCUGGAUGCACAAUUGUAAGUGUUGAUCCUGAAGGAUCUAUCCUAGCAGAGCCUGAAAAAUUAAACGUAACUGACAAGACAACUUACGAAGUGGAAGGUAUUGGAUACGAUUUUAUACCCACAGUUCUGGAUAGAUCGGUGGUAGACAAAUGGUAUAAAUGUAAUGAUGAGGAAUCUUUUGCCUUCUCACGCAUGCUAAUCAGAGAAGAAGGACUGCUAUGUGGUGGCAGCUCAGGUAGUGCCAUGUCUGUUGCUGUCAAGGCAGCCCAAGAGCUAAAAGAAGGUCAGCGUUGUGUUGUCAUCCUUCCUGACUCUGUCAGGAACUACAUGUCUAAGUUUUUAAGUGACAAAUGGAUGAUCCAAAGAGGAUUCAUGAAAGAAGAGGAUGAUGAUAAUAAGAAGCCUUGGUGGUGGCAUGUGAAAGUUCAGGAAUUACGCCUGUCUGCCCCUCUAACUGUACUGCCAAGCGUUACCUGCGAAAAGACUAUUGAAAUACUCAGAGAGAAGGGAUUUGACCAAGUGCCUGUUGUGGAUGAAUCUGGACUGAUUCUGGGGAUGGUUACUCUUGGCAAUAUGCUCUCUUCGGUGCUUGCUGGUAAAGUACAGCCUUUGGAUAAAGUCAACAAAGUAAUCUACAAGCAGUUCAAAACGAUUCAUUUGCAGGACAACUUAGGAAAGCUCUCUCAUAUUUUGGAAAUAGAUCAUUUUGCUCUGGUGAUACAUGAACAGAUUCAAUAUCACAGUGAUGGUGAAUCUAGUAAAAAGCAAAUGGUGUUUGGUGUUGUUACGGCAAUUGACUUGCUGAACUUUGUGACUGCUCAGGAACAGAAGAGAAACACAACCUAAGUGCAAGAAACACAUCGAUAGGGCUUGUUUCAUUCACUUUUCACAUUAAAAAAAAGUCUCUCUCUUC